AUGUCUGAGAACCACAUCGUUACUCAACUGCGAGAACAUGUCGCCGAAUUUAUUCAAAGACAUAGAUGCUAUGGCAUCAAUGGUUAUGGCGACGAGCGGAAAUUCGUCCCUCAACUGGCGCUUACCGAGUUUUGGACCUUGGAAAAGAUCACGGCUGUCUUUUGUCACGACCGAAACAAAUUGAUCCUGCAUAGCGCCGUGGACAUCAUGAAUCACUACAUUGUGAUCUUCUCGAUAUUGGUCUUAACAUCUGGAGCCGAAUACCUGGAGCUUUUCACCCAAGAGGAUAUCAAGGACAUUAGCCUUCCGCUACUUUCAAUACCGGAAUCAUAUCGCGAGUCCAGUCACAAAGAGGCGUUCGAGAGCUUCCUUAAAGCCCAGUGGAAAUUUUGCCCAUUACCUUUCAGUGUUGGUCUGAAUCCCAAACCAAGCAAAAAGAACUUGUCGCCUGACAUGAUUUUGCCUAUUUUACCUACGGCAAAGACGAAAAUCAACCCUGAAGCGGACGAAACGACCGACAUGGCUGUUCUCUACAAAGUGGAUUUUCAUCCUAAGUCUACGCUACUCACCGCCUCUGUCGUUUUCAAGGAGUACCUCAAACCUGGCCCGGACUCCCAAAAGCUAUACGAUAACGAAUGGGCCAUGUACACACAACUCAAAGAGGAGUCUUUCAAUCACAUAGUGCGCUAUCAUGGAUCUUUUCAAUGUUUAGACAGGCGAACAAUCGUCCUAGAGUAUGCUCCCGGGGGUGACCUGCUCUCUUUUUUCAAGACGCGAAGGAUCCCACGAACAGACUGGCAACGAACGCAAUUCUGGCAAAACAUCUUCGGACUUUUCGAAGGUUUAGUGGCAAUUGAUGACCUCACGCAGUAUGGCGACCAUUCAAGAGACACAUGGCAUCUGAAAGGAACACAUCAAGACAUCCGCCCGCAAAAUAUCUUGGUAUGCGGGGAGCCUUCGGAUGAAGACUACUCUGUGCCAUUCAAGUUCGCAGAUAUGGGCUUGGCGCAUAUACGUCAAGUGAAAAAUGGUGGCAUAGACAGAUUUGCCGUGGAUCACUUUGGCAACGGAAUGUAUAGCGCCCCCGAAGCAUUUCGAGAUGACGGAAGUACCAAAACCAUUAGGCACAAGAGUGACGUAUAUUCACUUGGUGGAAUCCUUAGUGAGGCCUUUAUCUGGGCCAUCUGGGGAGAGCGAGGGAGAGAAGCUUAUCAAGCAGAGCGCGUCGAAGCUACUCGAGAAAUCAGGUUAAAGGGAGGGUUUCACGAAGGAGCCUUCCACGACGGCGAUGGGCUGUUGCACGUCGUCGAGAGAUGGCACGACCGGGCUGUCGCACUCACUGGUGGCAAGGCCGGCGCGUUGAGCCAGCUCAUUUUGAAGUUCACGCUCGCUGCUGAACCGGACCUACGAAAGACUGCAGCGCAAGUGUUCCAGGAAUUCAAGGCCGUUAUUCCGACUUUGAAAUCGGACUCUCUCCCUCAGAACUACGUAUCGUCGAAACGACAGCAAGGGUGGCCAGCAUCCCCUCUGUCGCUGGCAACUCGGUCCCAAACAACACCGGCUGGAUCAAGAGAUUCGGAUCAAUAUCCGUCGCCAAUUACCCGCAACUCUCGCGUUUCGUCAAUGCAGCCAAGCAAGUCAGCUUUUGCACCAUCCUUCACCGCAUCUCCGGAUUCCAUUGAGCCCUCCAUUGACCCUUUAGAUGGCAUGGCGCACGAAAGUACGCAGCCAGUCGACACACUCCCUGUCGGUAGCCCUAGUGAUCCUCAAUUUGGAUCGCAGAACGAACCAAUCCAUCAUGACUCGAAGGGAAAGCUCCCUGCUUCUUAUUCGUCUACCUCGCAAUAUGGCAGCCCAUCGACUACACCGAUCAAAGCAAAUGGUGUCUCUCUACCUAUCCGGACGGAAAGCAACGGUCAGGAACCUGGGGCGUAUGGACCGAGUCCGCAGUCUUCGCGAACAAAUGCUCCUUCUUCGACCAGACGUUCCCAGCCAUCUCCCAAUAAUGACGGAGCUACAUCAGAACCUGGUAGCUCCAAAAGAUUCCAGCCGAAGACAGUGCCACAGCCAAGCAUUACUAUUGAUCAAAUUUGGAGGGCGUGUUUUGAGCCAGGGGGCAGAAGCACACAUUCCUUUGGCCGCAAGAAGAUUUUCAGAUUGAGUUCAGAUUUCGAGGAUCCUCUGAAAAUAUUUCCCGCACUGGAAGACACUUUGAGCAGACUCAGAGGAAAUAGCGGGAGAAAUCAGAUCUUCAUCCUCGAUGACUCGAUAUCUAUGGGCCCUCACAGAGAACAAGCGGCCCGGACCUGUAGGGUCCUGAGCAAACUGUUGAAAAGGGGACAUGUCGAUCCGGACAAGGAGUUCGAACUGUAUUUCGCAUCCACAGGCAAGUGCAUCAGAGCAAAGAACGGCACCGAUCUUCAAGUUGCCGUGGAAAGACACCACUUCUCAAGCCUUCGUUGCGAGAUGCACUCUAUUCUCGAUCAAGUGGCUAGCAGAGUCAUAGAGGAAACACAGCCGGUCAGCCUCUACGUAUUGACCAAUGGCCACUGGGACAAUAGGAACUCCUCAACCACCUGCGGUGUCGAAAAGCCGAUCGAACGACUUGUGAAGCACAUAGUUGAGAAGAACAAGCAGGCCAACUGGGCGAUGGUCCAAUUCAUCGGCUUCUACAAAGACCCGCCAAGCAAGGCAGAUCGACGUGGCAAAGCGCUCCUAAAGCGUCUGGACAAUAAUCUGGGUCUCUUAAGAGACAUUGUCGAUACUCGAGAUGCCAAAAAGGACGUCAGGAAAAUCUUGCUUGGGCCUUUCUCGACUGAGGCAGACGAGUCACCAUCGGAUUCUGAUUCCGUCUCAGAUUCGGAUUCAAAGUAG